UGCACCUCCUCCUCCUCCCGAAUCUCCCGAUCUGGCCCAGCUCUUCCUCCCUCUGCACGAACACGAGCUCCCGUCCCGAUCUGCACGAGCACGAGGCCGGCGAGCCGUCUCUCUUCUCUCUUCUCUCUGCCUCUGCCCUGCCCCCACCCGUCUCUCUACUCCCCUCUGCACGAUCUGCACGAGCACGCGUCGCUGGCGGAGACUUCCGCACCCGCGCCCGCUGUUCCCCAAGCUGGACGCAUCGGCGGUGACCUCCUCGGCGGCGGAGAUUUCCGGCGAGGCGGCGAUAUUUGGGAUGGGGGAGAAGGAGAUGGAGCACACGGUCGAUCGUCUCAACCGGCCGGCAUACAGCAUCAUCGUGCCCACCUACAAUGAGCGGCUCAACGUCGCCAUCAUCGUCUACCUCAUCUUCAAGCACCUCCCGGAUACCAACUUUGAAAUAAUUAUUGUGGAUGAUGGAAGCCCUGAUGGAACUCAAGACAUUAUAAAGCAGCUGGAGCAACUAUACGGCGAAGAUCGUGUUCUACUCCGAGCAAGACCAAAGAAGCUAGGACUUGGUACUGCGUAUCUACAUGGAUUAAAACAUGCCACGGGUGACUUUGUUGUUAUAAUGGAUGCUGAUCUAUCUCAUCAUCCAAAGUACUUGCCAAGCUUCAUUAGGAAGCAAAAGGAAACCGGCGCUGACAUUGUAACCGGCACACGUUAUGUUAACAACGGUGGUGUCCAUGGUUGGAAUCUCAUGCGCAAAUUAACUAGCAGGGGAGCAAAUGUUCUAGCACAAACAUUACUACAGCCUGGAGCUUCCGAUUUGACUGGAUCAUUUAGGCUAUAUAAGCGAAGUGUUUUGGAAGAUUUGAUCUCCUCAUGCGUCAGCAAGGGAUAUGUAUUCCAAAUGGAGAUGAUUGUUAGGGCUACUAGAAAAAAUUAUCACAUUGAAGAGGUCCCAAUAACUUUUGUGGACAGGGUCUUUGGAAUUUCAAAGCUUGGUGGAUCCGAAAUAGUUGGAUAUUUGAAAGGCCUCGUGUAUCUGCUGGUGACAACUUAGUGGAAAGACUAAUGCCAAAAGGAGACAUGGGAAAGAUAGAGUAGAUAAUGCAUGACUGUUAUAGGACAACUCUAUAACAUUGCUAAUGCUUCCAGACCUAUUAUUGAAUCAGUACACAAGUUAUGUUUUAUUACUAUCCUUCUGAAUUGUGUGGCUGCUUGUGUUUUCUGCCACAUAUAUCUUGCCUGAGAUGAUCGUCCAGAGAAUUCAUGCUUCAAGUUGAGUAAACUAUGAUUGGAUAUCAAUGAAAAGCAAGCGGCCAUUGAGAACCA